AUGCAAAGACAGCAGCAAGUGCGACGCCAGAGCUUGUUCUGUACAUUGUGGGUAUGUAGUGAAUGGUGAGGAUUAAUUGCAACAUUCAUUUGCUUCCCUCAUUCGCUUUUCUCUCUCCCUGCAAGAGGACUGCUUUCUCGAUCACUUCAACGGUUCAACCUUUAGCUGUUGUCCAUAUGAAUUGCAGAAUUUUGAAGCAGUUUUUGGUCUCUGAUCAUAUCAGUUAGCUUUUGUAUAGUGUCGAAAGGAGAUGAUCUCAAUCCAGCAGCAGCAGCAGCAAGAGGAGGUGGUGGUGGUGGACGAGAGCAUGUCGAACCUCACCUCUGCCUCCGGGGAAGCAAGUGUCUCCUGUAACCAGCAAUCCAACUCCUUCGCCUCCCCCAACCCAAACCCUACCAGGAAAAAGAGAAACCAACCAGGAAAUCCAGAUCCAGAGGCUGAGGUAAUGGCGCUGUCGCCGAAGACGCUGAUGACCACCAACCGGUUCGUGUGCGAGAUCUGCGGCAAGGGAUUCCAGCGGGACCAGAACCUUCAGCUCCACCGGCGGGGGCACAACCUGCCGUGGAAGCUAAAGCAGCGGAGCAGCAAAGAGGCGGUGCGCAAGAAAGUGUACGUCUGCCCGGAGGCCAGCUGCGUCCACCACGACCCCGCCCGUGCCCUCGGCGACCUCACCGGCAUCAAGAAGCACUUCAGCCGCAAGCACGGGGAGAAGAAGUGGAAGUGCGACAAGUGCUCCAAGAAGUACGCCGUCCAGUCCGACUGGAAGGCGCACUCCAAGGUCUGCGGCACCAGAGAAUACAGAUUCGACUGCGGCACCCUCUUCUCAAGAAGGGAUAGCUUUAUCACGCACAGAGCCUUCUGUGACGCUUUGGCAGAGGAAAGCGCGAGGGCAACAGCAGCAGCAGUCAAUCACCAAAACCCAGUGCUGCUCUUCCCACAAUCUAUACCUCUUUAUGACGAGCAACAGCCCUCUAAUAUCCUUUCUCACACUGAUCAAACUCAUAAUCACAUCAUCCCACCGUGGUUGAGUGCCACCUCUCCGAAUCAGUACUUGAUAUCAAGCCAGCCGCAAUGCCCUCUGCCUCCUCCUCCUCCUCCAUUAAUCUUCAGCGCAGCUGGAUUGGAAGAGCAUCCAGUUGCUCCGCCCUUCCAAGCCACUGCGCACAUGUCAGCCACUGCGCUGUUGCAGAAGGCGGCAGAGAUGGGUGCAAACAUGAGAACUAGGCCUCCUGUCCACUUAGGUCUCAUGGCAGCUGCAGCUGCAGCUACUGCUUCUUCAAUAAGUACUCUUCCUCAUCUUCCUCUCGUGCAAGAAUACAUGGCUACUACGACCACAAAUGCUCUCUUGUCAAGCACUGUGAUGCAGGGAUCGAAGAAACAGCCAAGUAGUCUUGGAAUGGCUGAACAACAAGGAAGCAGAAAUGGUGAUGGGAUGACAACUAGAGACUUCUUAGGAUUGAAGGCGGCGCCGUUCCCCCAUCGAGAUAUUCAUAACUUGGCGGAAUUGGAUCCAAAUUGCUUGAGCUCCUCCUGCACUUAUGAUCAGUACCAACAAAGAAGGAUGAAGCCAUGGCAUGACUAGCUAGUAAGGUAAUUAAGGUUGCUUAAAUGAGAACCAUCCCAGCCAAAAUGCAUGAAAGACAACUGUUGAUGAUUAGAAAAGUGCACUCAAAAGGACGAACCAAAAAUGAGGUGAGUACUGUAACUCUGUACAUGUAUUGAGGACGGACUGAGUCUCCUGCAUGGAAAUUCAUGCGACUCGUGUAGAUCGAUCGAUCAUGGAAUGAGCAUGUUAAUUUAUAAGUGUAUAUGAAGAGCAGAGUACGGAUAUGAUAAAUUCCUUCGGAGGCAUUUCAAUAAAUAUCGACUAUUUAUUCGAUAUUAGCUAUCCAUUGUUUUUUUUUUUUUCCAGAAGGUGACUAUUACAAUUAACAUUUUCUUCUUCUCUCA